GCUCAUGUUUUGUCCAACGAUAUCCCGUUGCAUGAUUUGCACGUGGCGGGAUGUCGGCGCGUAAUCGUUGUGCGUAUUUCUCUUGUCGUUAUUGUGCGAUUGCAAUCUUACAAUGGGCACAAUAAAUGCUAAAAUAUUUUUUUUUCCCCUCACUUGUGUUCUUUAUGACCGCACGUAAACAUUCCUGUAUACAUCUGAAUAGCAAGCGGAGCUAGUCGCCCUGCAAAACCCAAGAUGAUUAUUUAUAGAAGAAAAAAACCCAAAUGACAUUUGGGAUAACGACCUCAUUUAUUUGGUGUAAUGAUGUUAGCGCUAAGCCGGCCUCUUGCGUCUGCUGCACACGCAGAUAUUUUCUCUCUUCUCCAUCCAUGAAGAUACUUGACUGGGCCGUUUCCGCUUUUUGCACUUUCCAGGCCGGCUGCUGCACCAUGUCCUCUCUUCUGAGUGGGGACGUCUCAGACUACCAUCUGAGUGUGGUGCGUAACCCGCCCGGCUGGGAGGUGGGCAUCUACCUGGUGGGCUUUGUGGUGCUGCUGGCGGUGGCCGGGCUGAACAUCUGGAAGCUGUGGAAGUCCGGUACCUUCCCGGCGCCGUCGCCCUUUCCUAAUUUUGACUACAGAUACCUGCAGGAAAAAUAUGGAACCUCCUUCGCGGAGGUCCGACAAAAGCGGGUGGCAGCUAUCAACCACCGGCGGACGUCAACGGCGUCUAGCCGCAAGCCUAGCCUGGGCCCGGGCGACACCCCAGACGGCCUGAGGGAUCUGGGCCAGCUGGAGCUGAUGGGCCGCGACCUGGACCUGAGCGGCACGGCCCAACUCAACCGAUCCGUCUCCACCGACUCGCUCAGCUCCAUCUCGUCCAUCGCCAACAACUUUGGCCACGACUUCACGGUGGGUCAGCUGGAGGUGACCCUGGAGUUCGAGCCAUCGCGCCACAGCGGCCAGGGGACGCUGCGCAUCAUCGCACAUCAGGGCAAGGACCUGCUGGAGAGAGAGGAGGGAGACUUCCCAGGGUGCUUCAUCAGGAUCUCCCUGGGUCCGGAAGAGCUCAACGUGGGAGUCACCAGGGUGCAGACAAACGCGUUCACCGUCAUCUUCGACGAGAGGUUCUCUGUGGCGAUCGACGUGUGCGCCCUGGACGAGUGCAGCCUCCGAUUCGCCGCCUUCGGCAUCGACAGCGACGAGAGGAACAUCAGCGCCGGCGUGGCCGAACUCAAGCUGUCAGAUCUGGACCUCACUGUCAGACCCUUCAACGCUUGGCUCUACCUCCAGGAUGUCAACAAAGCAGCAGAUGCGGUCGGGGAGAUUCUGCUGUCUCUCAGCUACUUGCCCACGGCGGAGCGCCUCACGGUGGUGGUGGCCAAGUGUAAGAACUUGUUGUGGACCAACGGCAAAAACACUGCAGACCCUUUUGUCAAAGUUUACCUCCUGCAAGACGGACGCAAGAUAAGCAAGAAGAAGACUUCCACUAAGAGGGACGACACCAACCCCAUUUUCAACGAGGCUAUGAUCUUCUCCGUGCCCUCCCUCGUCCUGCAGGAGCUCUCGCUGCGGGUCACCGUCGCUGAGGCAUCCGACGACGGACGGGGCGAGAACCUGGGUCAUGUGAUCAUCGGUCCAGAGGCCGGUGGCAUGGGGAUCACUCACUGGAACCAAAUGCUGGCCACGCUGAGGAAGCCCGUGUCCAUGUGGCACCCGCUUCGCAGGGUCUGAAGUCAAACGCUAACAUCACACGCAAGAGAUAAUUUUUGGUGAUCUUGGUUAGCUGCAAAAUAUGAGAAACAGAUGUCAGUAUGCCAGUGGCAGGCCAUGCAAUCGGGACCUGGGUCUUUAGUGGGGACUGAAUGCACUUCUAAACAACACCACUAUCAUUUCACAAUACUUAAGAAAAAUGAAGAAAUUCUAAGUUCAGUGAACACCUACAAAAAUCUGCCAUGUAUCCAACAUAUACACAAUCAUGAAUCCAUGUUACAUAAAGUCUCCGUUCCAGUCUAGCAGAUUGGUGCUGUGUUUGAUGUUGCUUUGAAGAAACACAAUCCAGGUAGUCUUUUAAAUUCCCAGGUGAUCUAUUUGCUGAUAUAGCCGAAUCAAACGUCCGGUAGAGUAUGAUCAGCGCGUUGUCGUCAUGUUGCGCUGUUUUGUUAUUCAUACAGUAGUAGACCCGCUGGCAUUAUUAAGAGUGUAAAUGGUGUUUCUCCCUGUCAAUUGUGACAAACGUACAUUUACAUUUUAGUUUUCUUGUUGACAUUUUCUGAACAUUUUUGUCAUUUUCCUAACUGGUCACAUGCAUAGUCCACUUUUGACUGCAUUCUCACAUUUGAAAUAACUCCAGAAAUAUUUAGCACCGCGACCACGUGACAUUAAAUUAUAUUUCGGUAUGUGCCAAAUAAUAGCAAUAUUUUCCAUUUCCAUCUAGCAAUUCUGUUCGCCUCCUCCAUGACCAUGCAUGAAGCUCUAAUGCUUGGAGCGCCAGCUUGUGUAAAUGCUCUUUGAAAUAAAAGCAAUUCAACUGAA